AUGCAAUUCCUGAACUUACUCAUAGUACAUUUGGUAUACUUUUCCGGAAUAGCUGCUGCUUUUUUCUUAAAUACGGCUCCUACGUUCAUAAAGUGCAGAUAUGAAACACCAGAACUAGUCAACAACGAUCAAUUUCUCUUCAAAACAUUCAAAGAUUUUGAUAAACGAAUGUCAAUUGCAUUUAAAGAACAUGAUCUUGACAAGAAUGCGAAAGUAUUUUUUUACUAUUACCAGAUUACCAAACAUGAAUGGAUGUCAAGAGUUAGAGAUGUCAAUGACAGGUUUUUAUACAUUCCCCACAUCGUUUACUUAAAUCAAUCUGAGACUAUUUUUAGCGAAUUUAAAAACCGUGGUGUGUUACCAGAGGUCUUAUCGGGUGACUCAAUCAAUGAGGUUCUUGAAAGAUCUAAUAUAGACUAUCCAGAUGAUUAUGUUAUUCAAAUUAUACCUGAUUUCAAACAAACUGAUAAUGUUGAUGCUACUGAGGAUGAAAUAGAAAACUUGUACUAUCUCGAUGACAAAUUAUUGACUAGAAAUGAAAAUAAAGGAGAUGUUUCGGUGGAACAAGAAAUUGAUGCAGAUUUUGCUGAAGCAAACAGAUUAGCUGCCGAAGAGGACCAGCCCGUCACUAUUUUGGAGGACAUUCCGUCAAACUCAACCACAGUAAAGCAUGACAAUCUUUUCACAAACUAUCAAUUUUUCACUACUGGGAUCUGGUCUGGUUUGAUAGUGUCUGGCUUUUUGUUAUUGAUCCUUUAUGGUGCAUUAACUUGGCUUUCGGAUUUACAAAUCACCUAUGCUUCAUUUGAAAAACAAGUUGAUUUCGAUAAGAAAAAUGAAUAG